ACACUACAUCAAUAAUAAAACAACAAACAAUAAACAAUGUCGGCUGCCCAGAAGUUGGUUAACGUUGCAGUGUGUCUGGUGUGCAUGUUUGUCCUCACUGUCGACGCUUCGCUUUCUUCGGUUUACAGGUCAUGCUUCGAUCCAUGCCAUUCCGCUUGCAAAGACAAAGGAAAAACCGUACUUGUAUGCAACAGAGAAUGUGAAAUCGAAUGUACCGACAAGGCGUAUAAAGAGGGCAAGGUUAAGGACGAGGGCACGCAACUUACGGACGAGGAGAAGGAACUUUGGGCCUUUAAGAAAAAACAAGUUGUGGAGUUUGUGGGCAUGCAUUGUAAGGACUUUAAGAAUAAGCAAUGUAAGGACGGCGACAACCAAUGUAAGGACGAGGAAGAGUUCUGUAAAGACAUGCAUAAGCUCCUUAAGGAUGAGAACAAACAACUUAAGGAUGAGGACAAGCUUCUUAAGGAUGACAAUAAGUUAGUUAAGGACGAGGAAAAAACAACUUAAAUAAGGACGGGUAAAAAUAUAGAAGAAUAAUAAAGCAAUCUAUUAUAUUUAAUGUGAAACAUCAUAGGAUUUCUAUAUUUGAAUUCAAGAUCGUAUUUUGAGAUAGUGGCGAUUUUUCUUGUCAUCCCUAUCAUGUAAGACUAUAUGUCACUUUUG